AUGCCGUACGGCCGUCGUCGAAACAAUACAAACACAGACGAAGGUGGAGUCAAGGGCCCGUCUAGUGCGUUAACGUCUUUCCUUAGAGAACAGGGAAUCAGCGCAGAACAAAUUAGACUUCGAUAUGAACAAUCCAAGAGACAAAAGGAGCCGGGUGGCACUACUGAAGUUGAAAGUGGCGUGGAGAUUCCUGUCGAAGAGGUUACAAAUAGGGAUUUGGAGAUCAAGAUCAAUACAGGAUUGGAUUCCGAUGAGGAGGAAGUCGAUUAUGAAAAGCCUCUGAGUAAAAGACAGAGGUUGGAGCAAACGGUCAACGUCAGCUCUGGAACCGAUUUGUACUGUAUGGAAUGUGACCAAGACUUUACGAUAUCGGUCUACUCGAAAAAAAUGGAGAGAGACGGUAAGAUUGGAUACUUAUGUCCAUCUUGCUCGAAAAUCCAGAUAAGAAGGGAACGGUUGGCCAAAAGGCAUGAAAUUGAAGCUAGAAGACGUCGUAAGAAAAUAGCGGCUGCACUACUAGACAAAAAACAGUUCAAACUACCUAGCUUGCAGGAUUUUUGUAUUAAUGUGAUAACUGAGAACAUCAACAGUGUAGAAGCAUUAGGAGAAAUAGGUACUCAUAAUAAAAUGAAAAUAUGCCGUAUUUUGGCAAAGAAUAGGUCUCUUAACAAUAAAACAAUCACAUUGUUUCUUGAUGGAAAUACAAAGAAAUUGGAAUUUUGGGACUGUUCCAAGAUCGACAAAAAUUCACUUGAUAAAAUUGCCGUUUAUUGUCCUAAUUUAGAAUCACUGACAUUGAACAUGUGUGGACAGUUGCAUAAUGAUAACUUGCAAUAUUUUGGCUCCAAGUUGAAUAACCUGAAAUCCUUCCAUCUUAAUGGGCCUUUUUUAAUCAAUGAUAAUGCUUGGCAGAGCUUCUUUGAAAGUAAAGUAGGAAAAAAUUUGAAACAAUUUACCCUGAUCAACACACACAGGUUCUCGAACGACUCCCUGGUUUGUCUUUUAGAGAAUUGUGGAAAUAAUUUAGAAUCCUUGACUUUAUCAAGAUUGGAUUCAUUAGACUCCAAACCUGUUUUUGACUUACUGCCACAUUUUCUUUCUAGUUUGAAACAUUUGGAAAUCUCUUACCCCCAUUCUAAAAAUCUCAUUGAUGACGACCUAAUAAUCAAUUUGUUGGCUGUGAAUUGUGAUAGUCUGGAAUCUCUGAACCUCGACAGAUGCUCUGACCUCACUGACCGAUUUCUUACCGAAGGCUUAAAGCCAUUCGGCUCUCAUAUUAGGAAACUCUCUCUCACAGAUCUUGAUCAAAUUGACGACGCCGGGGUAGGUGUGUUGUUUGAUGACUGGAAAAUAAACGGCGGCUUAACGGACAUAAAUCUCGAGAGAUGUACUCUUUUGACUGAUGAUUCUAUUUACAAGAUGCUAAGUCAUUCAAGCGAAACCCUUGUACGAUUGAAACUGAAUAGUGUCAAAUUAAUAUCAAAAUCACUAUUCUCAAAAUUAUCAAGAAACACCACUUUCCCCUUGCUAACAUUUCUUGACCUGGGAUUUGUUCGCAGUGUGGAUGAUUCGGUAUUGGCUAUACUAUCAAGAAUCUGCCCUAAACUUGAAAUACUGGAAGUAUAUGGCAACAACAGAUGCACAGAACGGGCUUUGAUACGGGAAAACUUAACAGUCAUUGGAAGACAAACUGAUAGUAUAUAA